CAUGUGGACCCCCACGGAGGAAGAGAAAUACGGCGUAGUGAUAUGCAGCUUUCGAGGAUCUGUCCCUCAAGGAUUGGUCUUAGAAAUAGGAGAAACAGUCCAGAUUCUUGAAAAAUGUGAAGGUUGGUAUAGAGGAGUUUCAACAAAGAAGCCAAAUGUAAAGGGGAUCUUUCCUGCAAAUUACAUUCAUUUGAAAAAAGCAAUUGUCAGUAAUAGGGGGCAGUAUGAAACUGUGGUUCCACUUGAAGAUUCUAUUGUGACUGAAGUUACAGCAACUCUGCAAGAAUGGGCCAGUCUGUGGAAACAACUCUAUGUGAAACAUAAAGUAGAUCUUUUCUACAAGCUACGCCAUGUGAUGAAUGAACUUAUUGACCUUCGAAGGCAGCUCCUGUCUGGUCACCUGACUCAGGAUCAGGUGCGGGAGGUUAAGCGGCACAUCACCGUGCGCCUGGACUGGGGCAAUGAGCAUUUGGGCCUGGACCUGGUGCCUCGAAAGGACUUUGAAGUAGUGGAUGCGGACCAGAUUAGUGUCUCAGAUCUCUAUAAAAUGCAUUUAUCUAGCCGGCAGAGUGUACAGCAAAGCACAUCUCAGGUAGAUACAAUGCGCCCACGACAUGGGGAAACCUGUCGGAUACCAGUGCCACAUCACUUCUUUCUCAGUCUGAAGAGUUUCACCUACAAUACCAUUGGGGAAGAUACCGAUGUCUUCUUUUCCUUAUAUGAUAUGAGAGAAGGCAAGCAGAUCAGUGAGCGGUUUCUGGUGAGACUGAACAAGAAUGGUGGGCCAAGGAACCCAGAGAAGAUAGAACGAAUGUGUGCCCUUUUUACAGAUCUGAGCAGCAAAGAUAUGAAGAGAGAUUUAUAUAUAGUUGCCCAUGUGAUACGAAUAGGCCGGAUGCUCCUGAAUGACUCAAAGAAGGGCCCUGCUCAUCUGCACUAUCGGCGGCCGUAUGGCUGUGCAGUCCUAAGCAUCCUGGAUGUCCUGCAGUCGCUCACAGAAUUAAAGGAAGAGAAGGAUUUUGUUCUUAAGGUUUACACGUGCAACAACGAGAGUGAGUGGUCCCAGAUCCACGAGAAUAUCAUCCGCAAGUCCAGCGCCAAGUACUCUGCCCCCAGCGCCAGUCAUGGUCUUAUCAUUUCUCUGCAGCUUCUUCGUGGAGACAUGGAACAGAUUAGGAGAGAAAAUCCUAUGAUAUUUAAUAGGGGAUUGGCAAUUACAAGAAAAUUGGGAUUUCCUGAUGUCAUCAUGCCAGGUGAUAUCCGCAAUGACCUGUACCUAACCCUGGAGAAGGGGGACUUCGAGAGAGGGGGAAAGAGUGUACAGAAGAAUAUUGAAGUGACCAUGUAUGUGCUUUAUGCAGAUGGAGAAAUCUUGAAGGAUUGCAUCAGCUUGGGUUCAGGAGAGCCGAAUAGGAGUUCGUACCACUCCUUCGUCCUCUACCACAGUAAUAGUCCUCGCUGGGGAGAAAUUAUCAAAUUGCCCAUCCCCAUUGAUCGGUUCCGGGGCUCCCACCUGCGCUUCGAGUUCAGACACUGUUCCACAAAGGACAAAGGGGAAAAGAAACUCUUUGGCUUUGCAUUCUCACCCCUGAUGCGGGAUGACGGCACCACCCUCUCAGAUGAUAUCCACGAGCUCUAUGUGUACAAGUGUGAUGAGAAUAGCACGUUUAACAACCAUGCUCUGUACUUGGGCCUGCCCUGCUGCAAAGAGGACUAUAACGGCUGCCCUAACAUCCCCUCCAGCCUCAUCUUCCAACGCAGCACCAAAGAGUCUUUCUUCAUUUCCACACAGCUCUCCUCCACCAAACUCACCCAGAAUGUGGACCUCCUUGCUCUGCUGAAAUGGAAGGCCUUUCCAGACCGGAUCAUGGACAUCCUAGGGCGGCUGCGGCAUGUCAGUGGGGAGGAAAUUGUUAAGUUUCUACAGGACAUCUUAGAUACGCUGUUUGUGAUUUUGGAUGAUAAUACAGAGAAAUAUGGCCUGUUGGUGUUUCAGUCUUUGGUAUUCAUCAUCAACCUGCUCCGAGACAUCAAAUAUUUCCAUUUCCGACCUGUAAUGGACACAUACAUCCAGAAGCACUUUGCUGGAGCCCUGGCAUACAAGGAGCUAAUCCGCUGUUUGAAGUGGUACAUGGACUGCUCAGCAGAACUGAUUCGGCAGGAUCACAUUCAGGAAGCCAUGAGGGCCUUGGAGUACCUUUUCAAGUUUAUUGUGCAGUCAAGGAUCCUCUACUCACGUGCCACCUGUGGGAUGGAAGAGGAGCAAUUCCGGUCCAGCAUCCAAGAACUUUUCCAGUCCAUCCGGUUUGUGCUCAGUUUGGACAGCAGAAACUCAGAAACACUCCUUUUCACUCAGGCUGCACUUCUCAAUUCCUUCCCAACGAUCUUUGAUGAGCUGCUGCAAAUGUUCACUGUGCAGGAGGUAGCAGAGUUUGUGAGAGGAACUCUGGGGAGCAUGCCCAGCACUGUGCACAUUGGGCAGUCAAUGGAUGUGGUCAAGCUGCAGUCCAUUGCCAGAACUGUGGAUAGCCGCCUAUUUUCUUUCUCAGAAUCCCGUCGCAUCCUGCUUCCUGUGGUUCUCCAUCACAUUCACCUUCACCUGAGGCAGCAGAAAGAGCUGCUAAUCUGCUCAGGGAUUCUUGGCAGCAUCUUCUCCAUCGUCAAGACCAGCUCUCUGGAGGCAGAUGUCAUGGAGGAGGUAGAAAUGAUGGUGGAGAGCCUCUUGGACGUGCUCUUACAGACUCUGCUCACCAUCAUGAGCAAAUCGCACGCUCAGGAGGCGGUAAGAGGGCAGCGGUGCCCGCAGUGCACAGCGGAGAUCACUGGCGAGUAUGUGUCCUGCCUUCUCUCAUUGCUCCGCCAGAUGUGUGACACCCAUUACCAGCACCUCCUGGACAACUUCCAGAGCAAAGAUGAGCUCAAGGAAUUUCUGCUGAAGAUUUUCUGUGUGUUCCGGAACCUGAUGAAGAUGAGUGUCUUUCCUCGGGACUGGAUGGUGAUGAGACUUCUCACAAGCAAUAUUAUAGUCACUACAGUCCAGUACCUGUCUUCUGCACUGCACAAGAAUUUCACAGAGACAGACUUCGACUUUAAGGUGUGGAAUUCUUAUUUUAGCCUGGCAGUUCUGUUCAUAAAUCAGCCAAGCCUUCAGCUAGAAAUCAUUACUUCCACCAAGAGGAAGAAGAUUCUAGAUAAGUAUGGGGACAUGCGUGUGAUGAUGGCUUAUGAACUGUUCAGCAUGUGGCAGAAUUUGGGUGAACAUAAGAUCCACUUUAUUCCGGGAAUGAUUGGUCCUUUUCUGGGUGUGACACUGGUCCCACAGCCAGAAGUGCGGAAUAUCAUGAUUCCAAUCUUUCAUGACAUGAUGGACUGGGAGCAAAGGAAAAAUGGCAACUUCAAACAGGUGGAGGCCGAGCUGAUUGACAAGCUGGACAGCAUGGUGUCAGAAGGGAAAGGCGAUGAGAGCUACAGGGAGCUCUUCGGCCUGCUAACCCAGCUGUUUGGGCCCUACCCCAGCCUGCUGGAGAAAGUUGAACAGGAAACAUGGCGCGAGACCGGCAUUUCCUUUGUAACCUCGGUCACCCGCCUCAUGGAACGCCUUCUUGACUACAGGGAUUGCAUGAAAGGAGAGGAGACAGAGAAUAAGAAGAUCGGCUGCACUGUUAACCUGAUGAACUUUUACAAAUCUGAGAUUAACAAAGAAGAGAUGUAUAUCCGCUAUAUCCAUAAGCUUUGUGACAUGCAUUUGCAGGCCGAAAACUACACAGAAGCUGCGUUCACUCUGCUCCUCUACUGUGAGCUGCUACAGUGGGAGGAAAGGCCACUGCGGGAAUUCCUCCAUUACCCAUCCCAGACAGAGUGGCAGCGGAAAGAGGGACUGUGCCGCAAGAUCAUCCACUACUUCAACAAAGGCAAGAGUUGGGAGUUUGGGAUCCCACUGUGCAGGGAGCUGGCGUGUCAGUAUGAGAGCCUCUACGAUUAUCAGAGCCUCAGCUGGAUUCGGAAAAUGGAGGCCAGCUACUAUGACAACAUCACGGAGCAGCAACGCCUGGAGCCUGAGUUCUUUCGGGUCGGCUUCUAUGGCAGGAAGUUUCCUUUUUUCCUUCGGAACAAAGAAUAUGUGUGCCGUGGCCACGACUACGAGAGGCUGGAGGCCUUCCAGCAGAGGAUGCUCAGUGAGUUCCCACAGGCUGUCGCCAUGCAGCACCCCAACCACCCUGAUGACACCAUCCUGCAGUGUGAUGCCCAGUACUUGCAGAUCUAUGCAGUGACGCCCAUUCCGGAUUAUGUGGACGUCCUGCAGAUGGACAGGGUCCCAGAUCGCGUCAAGAGCUUCUACCGCGUCAACAAUGUGAGGAAGUUCCGGUACGACAGGCCUUUUCACAAAGGCCCCAAGGACAAGGAGAAUGAAUUCAAGAGCCUGUGGAUCGAGCGCACCACGCUGACCCUGACCCACAGCUUGCCUGGCAUCUCUCGGUGGUUCGAAGUGGAGAGGAGGGAGCUGGUGGAGGUGAGCCCCCUGGAGAAUGCCAUCCAAGUGGUUGAGAAUAAGAACCAGGAGCUGCGGGCCCUGAUCAGCCAGUAUCAGCACAAGCAGGUGCAUGGCAACAUCAACCUGCUCAGCAUGUGCCUGAAUGGCGUCAUUGACGCCGCUGUCAACGGAGGCAUUGCACGCUACCAAGAGGCCUUCUUUGAUAAAGAUUACAUCACCAAGCACCCAGGAGAUGCUGAGAAGAUCACUCAGCUCAAGGAACUCAUGCAAGAGCAGGUUCAUGUUCUUGGAGUCGGGCUGGCAGUUCAUGAGAAGUUCGUGCACCCAGAAAUGCGCCCUCUGCAUAAGAAGCUGAUUGAUCAGUUCCAGAUGAUGCGGGCCAGUCUCUACCAUGAGUUUCCGGGUUUGGACAAGCUAAGUCCUGCAUGUUCAGGCACCAGCACCCCACGGGGAAAUGUCCUAGCAUCCCAUAGCCCCAUGAGCCCAGAGAACAUCAAGAUGACCCACCGGCACAGCCCCAUGAACUUGAUGGGGACCGGCCGCCAUUCAUCAUCCUCUCUCUCCUCACACACAUCUAGCGAAGCUGGAAACGUGGUGAUGUUGGGUGACAGCUCCAUGGGCGAGGCUCCUGAGGACCUGUACCAUCACAUGCAGCUCGCGUAUCCCAACCCCAGGUACCAGGGCUCAGUCACCAACGUCUCUGUUCUGUCCUCGUCCCAGGCAAGCCCUUCUUCCUCCAGCCUGAGUUCCACUCACUCAGCACCAUCCCAGAUGAUUACCUCUGCCCCUUCCAGUGCCCGAGGCUCUCCCUCUCUGCCAGAUAAGUACCGCCAUGCCCGGGAAAUGAUGUUGCUGCUGCCCACACACCGGGAUCGCCCAAGCAGUGCCAUGUAUCCAGCAGCCAUCCUGGAGAACGGACAGCUGCCAAACUUCCAGCGGGCCCUGUUCCAGCAAGUGGUUGGAGCCUGCAAACCCUGCAGUGAUCCCAAUCUGUCUGUGGCUGAAAAAGGUCAUUACUCCCUACACUUUGACGCCUUCCACCACCCCCUGGGUGACACCCCCCCGGCCCUCCCAGCCCGGACCCUGCGCAAGUCUCCUCUCCACCCUAUCCCAGCCUCCCCCACAAGCCCCCAGUCGGGCCUGGAUGGCAGCAACUCUACGCUGUCUGGCAGUGCCAGCAGCGGUGUGUCUUCCCUAAGCGAGAGUAACUUUGGGCACUCCUCAGAGGCCCCUCCUCGAACCGACACCAUGGACUCCGUGCCGAGCCAGGCCUGGAAUGCUGACGAAGAUCUUGAGCCACCCUACCUCCCCGUCCACUACAGCCUCUCUGAGUCCGCUGUUCUGGACUCCAUCAAGGCCCAGCCGUGCCGAAGCCACUCAGCCCCGGGAUGUGUCAUCCCUCAGGACCCCAUGGACCCACCUGCGCUGCCACCCAAGCCCUACCACCCCCGCCUGCCGGCCCUGGAGCACGACGAGGGUGUGCUGCUGCGUGAGGAGGCCGAGAGGCCUCGGGGCCUGCAUCGCAAGGCCUCGCUGCCUCCUGGGAGCACUAAGGAAGAGCAGGCUCGCAUGGCCUGGGAGCACAGCCGAGGGGAACAAUGAGGGGUAGGGAGGCAGCUAGGACACCACCCUCAGUGAGCAGCGUGCCCCACCACUCCAGGUCUGAAAAGCAAGUCCCCCCGCAGGGAGCCAGAGAGGCCUGGCACUCAGGAGAGAACCACCCCGAGUCUACAUUCUACUGCCGUGAACUCGUGUGUUGCCAUGUACAGAGGCCACAGCAGCAUGAAGGGUUGUGGCUUCUCUUUUUAUUUCAUUUUCUACAUUCCAUUUCUAUGGGUUUUCCUUUUUCCUUUGUGGAGUAGAUGCUUUCUUCCUCCUGCAGUUCCAGACCAUGUGGAGCUAUAUGGAGAUAUUGCAUAGACAGAAUCAAUUGCUUUGCAGGGCCCAGCGGGGUAGGAGCCCAGGCCCUCCCUCCAGGGAAGAGAUGCACAGAAGAAUGGGAAUUGCACUAGGGACCUCUUCCUUUGCUGUGUGGACAGAAGAGCUCACGGUUGUAUUCAGGGAUUGCAAGGACCACAUUGACUACGUCACCGGUGGACAAGGGGGCUACAAGCCAUUUUGCACAAAUGUCUGCCCACUUGCUCCCUCUUCCAUCCAGGAGUGUGCAACUGAGAGGCUGGCUAGGCCAACCUGCCAGCUCAGGCAUGUGACCUGGCCUAACUGCAUGCCCAGGGCAUACUGCCAGGCUUCCAUGGGCCAGCCCUGCCUCCUACUCUACCUUGGAUUUUUCCCUCCAUCGUUUUUAUUUCUGACCCUUUGCCCCUCUCCACUCUUAAUACACCCCGUGCCCUGCAGGAGCCCCCUUGGUGCAUGGAUCUGCAGUGGUUAUCUCCUAUCCUCUGGAGCUUGAGUGGGGGUAUAGCGCCAGAGGGACUACCCUCGCCACCUUCCUCCCCAGGGCCCGGGCAGCCACGUGUUGAGAAACAAGCUGAUACAGGAGUGAGGCUGGGUGUGGCAGGGACCGGAAAUCCUCAAAGCUUUCAGAAGUGGCCAGAGUGCCUGUCAUCAGCUCCUGAAUCAGGGAUUUUCAGCACUACCUCCAAGCAGUGGGGUUGGCUGCCCAGCCAGGCUUCUAAGGCCCGAGGACUUGUGGUCAGGCUCAGCAAGCUCCUGGGUAAAAAGGGUGGGAGGGAUUCUCCUCUUAGAAGCAGAGAGCCACACAGGUUGAAUUAUCCUCUCCCAGUAGCCAAGUGCAGGGCCUCAGCUCCAGGCCUGUGGGGACCACCACUCAGGGUUCAGGGCGGGCAGGAGGGCAGUUUCUCCAGCCUCCCCAGUCUGUUGGGCAGAAGGUAGUGGUGUCUUUAUAGAAAACUCUUUCAGGUCAGGGCACCGAUUUUCCUCUUGGUUUAUUAUUUGGGGGAAUAGGGUGGGGUGGUAAUAGUAUUUUACCAGGGUGCUUCUAAGUUACUUUAAAAAAGUCUACGAAACAUUUAUUUGCUUGCAUUCACAACUGUGAUGGUCCCACGGCUGCCUUCUCCUUGUUGAGCAGGUAUGUUCUCCCCUAGUUCCUCUUCUGCUGGCCCAUCUGACCUCCAUGGUUAGGGUAUUUUUCACUUGUAAACAAAUGCCAGGUUGUUUAAUAGGAAUGCCAGCAAGUAACCUAUGAGGAAAGAUUGGGGGGCCGCAUUAGCUUCAGGGCGUCUGGGAGUGUUUAUCACCAUUGUGGGUCCUUUCUGAUACUUCAAGGGUGACUCCAAGCAGAGUGGGUCAGUCCUGGCAGGCCUGGACCAUCUGGUGUUCACAAGUGUGACAGUCGGGGAUUAGCUCUGGAUUUCUUAGGUAGGAGGGCAUAUUUAGGUUUUAGGGCACUUCUGAACCUCAAUCCCUGGACAAGGCAGUCCUCACAUAAGAACAUCUACCUUCUCCACCUGGUGGCAUGGGAGGGUAGAGAGUGGAAUGUGGGUUCAUUUGGCCUUGCCUUAUACAGGGUGAGCCCAGUUUGUUUUCCCUCUCCAUUUUCCCUAAUUCCAUGAAAAGGACAUGAUCCAAAUUCCUUUCACUGGAGAAUCAGCCAGUCUGAAGGGAAGUGGGAGGCAAGAGAUGAGAAUCCUCUGAAAAGAUUGUGAAAUACUGAUUUUCAUUCUUUCAAGCUUAUUUGUAAAUACCUAUUUGAAUGCUGUGUAUUUGUACAGGAAUUUGAGCAAAAAAUGUAUAGAGUGUGAUGUCCAAUUGGUAUUCAGCCCUACAUAAAUGUGUUUUUAACCUCUGGCAUUCUGUGCUUAUUUAAAAUAAGAAAACUUCUAACCAUUUCUUUUGUGUAUUUAUGUUUAAAAUAAGAAGCGACUUAAAAAUGGUCUUACCUGUACCAGAAAGCAAAGUUAAAGAAAAAAAAAUUUGUACUGGUGUCCCAAAAGGUAUUUUACUGUAUAUAUUGUGGUAGCAUGUUCUAAAUCCAACAAGUAAUGUGAAUUUUAAAUGUAAAUAUCUGCCACCUUAUUUCCCCCCUUUCCCCACUCCUUUGACUGCUGUGAUGUGAAUUAAAGAUGAA